AUGACCAGCUGCGCGUAUACCAACUACGCCGUCUUCUUCCGCCUGGGAGAUGAGGAGAAGUGUCGCGCUGUACAGCUGCUGGGAUCCGGACUGGAGCGUACCCUUGCUCAGACUAGACACCUUUGUGGGACAAUCGAAAAGGAUGUGCAGGGUGGGUACUCGUUCGUUAAGAGACGGGAGUCGAGCGUUCAGGUCGUUAUCCAUAACAUGGACCCAAAUGCCGGCAAUCCAACUCUAGAUGACCUUGAGAAGGGCCAUUUUGGAGGCGAGAGCAUGAAGGAUGUCAAGCUUUGGAGCAUCCCAAGAAUGACAUGGGGCGAGCGACCCGAGGCAGACCCAGAAAACAGACCUGCCGUGUCCGCCUAUCAGAUCAACCUCUGCGUUGGUGGGUUAGUCUUGGUCGUCCAGGCUCAUCACUACGCGUUAGAUGCCAUGGCAUAUAGUGAGAAGAUGGUUGAUAGCCCGCCUGCACCUGAGAGACACCCCGAUCAUCUGGAGCAGCAGGCGGUGCUGCUCCACCUCCCCAAGAGCAAGGCGGCCGAGCUAAAGAGGCUCGCCACGCCUGAGGGUGACAGCCUGGUGUCGACAUAUGAUGCCUCGUGUGCCUAUCUCUGGCGUGUUCUCACUAAAGUAAGGGCUGAUUUGUACAUGCCCUCGCGAGACACGGUGUUGUGGUGGGGUGAGGCUGUCAACCUACGACCGCGGCUACACAGCCGGCCCUUGGCCCAGAGACUGAUGCGCAACGCGCUGAGCUGCGCCUUUUCAGAUACAACCUCUGUUUCCCCAUUAACAGUUGCUGAAGUGGUGGAUAAGGCGCCGCUGAGCAAGCUGGCGUGUUACAUCCGCGCACUGACGGACAGUUGCAACGAGGAGCACGCGGACGUUAGUAGCUUUGAUUUUGGCUUCGGGAAGCCGAUUACCCACCGGCAUUUAUUUGGCGGCUUCUCGACGGCGGGUGCCGUCAUUAUGUACGCGCCCAUCAGGUCCGAGGACCCUAACGAAGGGUGCGUCUUUACAGUAACCAUGGAAAAGGAGCUAGUGGAUAAAAUGAGGGCCAUGCGCGAGUUUUCCAACUUUUUCGAGUAUCGUGGCGUUGAUUAG